CCUCCACUUCCACCACCUCACUUUCACGCUUGUUGUGCGGGAAGAAAGGGCACCGUCUCUUUGACUGAGAUUUUGAUGAGAGUUCCUUAUAGCAAGAGGCCGCCGGCCCGUCUAGACCACUUGGCUCCUGGCCUCUGUUACACCAUUCUUGCCUCUCCAGCUCACCUUCUUUCAUCAUGUCUUCCACUAUCGAUUUCUCUCGUCCUAUGUCAGAAAUCCUCCGGGAAUGCACCAAGGAAGCUCAUAACAAAGUAGAGGCCAGCGCAGGUGCCGCCGCCUUGCUAGCCGGGGAAGUUUCUAAAGGAGACUACGUUCGAUUCUUAAUGAUGCUUUGGCACGUUUAUGCUGCGUUAGAGUUAGGUCUGGAGCAGCACGCCACUAACCCCGUCCUAGAACCAACCUACAACCCUCCUUUGUUGCAACGCGCAUCUUCACUUUCCGCAGACAUUGCCUAUCUCUUGGGAGUCUCUGAAAGCUCAUGGAAGAGUCACUCGAUUCACAAAUCCCUCCUCGCGAAUGCACCUGUGGCGCUCACAGAUUACGUGAACCGAAUCCAUGAAUUGACGGACUCACAAGAUCCGGAGAGGCUUCUUGCUCACGGAUACGUGCGCUAUCUAGGAGACCUUAGUGGCGGUCAAACCAUUCGGCACACAAUAGCCAAAGCAUACGGAUUGGAUGAGUCGUCAGGGCAAGGGAUGUCGUUCUAUGCUUUCAAGGAACUCAGGUCUUCGAAACCAGCCAAACAAGGUGAAAUGAGGAGGAUUAAGGAGUGGUAUAGAGAGGGUAUGAAUGUUGGAACUGGUUCCAAUUCGGAGCUCAAAGCCUCAAUAGCAGCUGAAGCAAAUCUUGUAUUUGAAUUGAACGGCGGCUUGUUUAAUGCUGUACGAAUCGGUGGCGUCGACGAGUUAGACGAUCUCUCGCUCGAGACCGAAGACGAACAACCCAUUCUUAUCACUCCCAGUCGUCCAGUACAAUCAGGCUAUCCGGUUGCAUCAGUAGCCGCAGUGAUAGUAGCAGUAUCCCUCGCACAUUUCGCUUUGACUGUAGGUGGGUUCACCGGAAGUCGGGGAUAUGCAAAGUUAGAGCUGGUGGAACAGUGGCUUGACUCCACUUGGCAGUCUAUCACGGCUCAUUAGCUGGGAUAUAGGGUUCGGGAUCUCAAGGACUUGAUUUUUUUAUUUGGAAGGGGUUCAUGUUCCAUGGAACUCUAUGAUUAGAAUCUGGAUACGGCGCCACGCCACGCCCCGCCCACGUCAUGAUGCAU